CGCGCUUCACACGGACUAUAGCGGCUGCGGUGGGAGAGGCAGACGGGAGAGAAGAAGAUGUCAGUGAAGAAAAGAAUAAGCGCUAAGGCGGAAUCCAGAAAAUGCGCGGCGCGUUUCUGGAAGCUCUUUCCCCAUCUUUUACUGUGGCUGUCUCUGGUCGCGUACGCAGCGCUGGGUGCGCUCAUGUUCGAGCACAUUGAGGGAAGCAGCAAGUCCUCCACUCAGCAGGAGUACCACGACUUCCUGGGUCAGAUAGUCAGCAAGGUCGAGAACCUCACCAACAACGCCUCCUACACACAUGAAAAAAUAGUGGAGGAAGUGGAGAAAAAGAUGAAGGAGUUCAAGUCCAUAUGGCUCCAGAGUCCUAAAAGAUGGGACUUUUUUGGCUCCAUGUUCUUCUGCUGCACUGUGUUUACAACAGUUGGCUACGGGGAGAUCUAUCCGGUUACCUUGACUGGUAAGGUGGUGUGUGUGUUGUAUGCCAUGAUGGGCAUCCCUCUCACGCUUCUGGUCAUCCUUGAUGUGGGAGACACCCUUGCUAAGCUGAUGUCCAAAGCGUACGUGCGCCUACACAAACUCUGCAAAGUCCUGCGAUCCCACACUUGGUCACCGUGGAAGACUCCAAAGAAUGCAGGGGACUCGAGUCGCCGGGCCCUGGAGGACGGUACCUUUUUUUAUAGCCAUGACGUCGUGGUCCGUGAACCCCUGGACAUCCGGCAGGUACUGCACAGCCAGGCAGAUGUACGGCACAAGUCCAUCCAGCUCCAAAACAACAAGGAGAUCUUUGAGAAGAUUCUCGCCAGGGAGAAUUUACUUAGAAAAAGCCCACUGCUCAGGACUCUCUCCUGCCCAGAGCUAGACCGGCUGCCACUACCACCCAAAAAAUAUGCCAUUUGGGACUUUUCAGGGUUAGGGGAUGGAAUGGAAAUGCUUGAUGUACCCUUUGUACUGAUUCUUUUCAUUGUGUUUGCCUACAUUGUUUUUGGCGGCUUGAUUCUGCCGUUGUGGGAAACAGAAUUCGAGGGCUUUGACCCCUACUACUUCUGCUUUAUCACACUCACUACAAUCGGUUUUGGCGACAUUGUACCCCAACACCCAAAGUACUUCAUGCUUACCUCACUCUUCAUCAUUGUUGGCAUGGCCAUCAUGUCUAUGGCUUUCAAGCUCGGACAAACAAGAAUUGUAAGCUUCUACCGCCAAUGCAUCAAGUUCAUCAACAGGGGAAAUUCAGUGACUUUCAACAAAAAAGAGAAAAACUAAAUCACUAAGAAAAUGUCUGCCUCAUUUCCAAGAGUUGUACAAGCACUGU